GUAUGAAAUAAUGAAAAGCCAAGAACUCAUAAAGCAACUCCACCAUAUCAAAAAAAGAACUCCACUCUUCACUCCCUCUUCCCCCUCCUUUCACACUCCACCACUCUUCACAAUGCCAACAGGGCGCCGCCGCCUCCUUAUGUUCCUUUCUCUCUCACUCUCGGCGCUCCUCGUCCGCUCCCACUACUUCCCCUCUACUCCCUCUGCUGCUCAGUCCGACUGGAAGUCCGCCCGCGCUACCUACUAUGCUGCCGCCGACCCCAUCGACGCUGUUGGCGGCGCUUGCGGCUACGGAGACUUGGAAAAGAACGGAUACGGCAAGGCCACCGCUGCUCUCAGCACCGUCCUCUUCGAGAAGGGCCAGAUCUGCGGCGCCUGUUUUGAAAUCCGCUGCGUGGAGGACCUCCGAUGGUGCAUCCCCGGCACUUCCAUCAUCGUCACCACUUCCAUCACGGUCACCGCCACCAAUUUCUGCGCCCCCAACUACGGGUUCGAGGCCGACGGCGGCGGCCGGUGCAACCCCCCGAACUCGCAUUUCGUGCUCCCCAUAGAGUCGUUUGAGAAGAUCGCUAUUUGGAAGGCGUCUAAUAUGCCUGUGCAGUACCGAAGAAUCAGGUGUAGGAAGGAGGGAGGAGUGCGAUUCACCAUCGGCGGCGCUGGAAUAUUCCUGUCGGUGCUGAUAAGCAACGUCGCCGGCGCCGGAGAUGUAGCGGCGGUGAAAAUCAAGGGAUCUCGUACGGGGUGGCUUCCGAUGGGGAGAAAUUGGGGGCAAAACUGGCACAUAAACGCGGAUUUAAAGAACCAACCGCUGUCGUUUGAAAUUACGAGCAGCGAUGGAGUUACACUAACAUCAUACAAUGUAGCCCCCAAAAACUGGGAAUUCGGGCAAACAUUCGAAGGUAAGCAGUUCGAAUCGUAGGAGUUUGAUGAGGUUGGUUGUGUCUAGUGUAGGGGCCUAGGCUCAAGUCUUGGCCUAAUUUUUCUUGUACUGCAUAUUGUAGUGUCUUACUCUAAUUUUCUGACACGUCCAAGAAAACCACCUGAGAAAGAACAUUUGAUCAUCAUCUCCACAUGUGCACUUUUUGCAGCGUAAAACCUCAAUCUAUCAGAAGAGUAUAUGUUGCAUCUUACCAAAUAUUUCAUUACUCCAUGGGAGCUGCAAAUGUUUAAAUUUGAGUUGGCGUCAUGUAUUGUAUUUUUGUCUUUAUACACACAUUACUCGAGUAAAAUACUUAAUAUUUAAAUA